AUGAACGAGGUAUUGACCAUUGGUGCGAGUACCAAGAACAUCGGUGACUACAGUCUUCAACUAAACAGAUGGUUCCUAAAACCAAUCGGUGUCUGGCCUCUCUCUCCUACUACACAGCGACUAGAAAGAAUCGUUUCGGUUACUUUAAAUAUCCUGUGUUACGGAUUCGUGCUGCUCGCCAUAAUCCCCAGUUUACUCCAAAUGAUCCUGGUAGAUGACAAUUUCUACCUGAGAAUAAAAACGCUUGGCCCCGUGAAUCAUUGGAUCGUUAGUUGCGUCAAUUACACCGUUCUGUUGGUACGGAGUAAAGAGGUACGUCACUGCGUGGAACACGUACAAGCUGACUGGCAAAUGGUGACAAUGGAGUCGGAUCAGCAACUGAUGCUGAGAAACGCAAGAUUUGGCCGCUACGUAACGAUUUUGUGUGCGAUCUUCUUCCAAUUUAGCGUUUUGUGCUAUUUCUUCAUGAUAGCGCUUUCCACGGAGGAAAUCCAAGUGGGCAAUGAGACCAAGAUCAUACACACGCUACCUUGCGCGGUGUACAAGGAGCUUGUAAAUACCGACGAAAGUCCAACGAAUGAAAUUGUCCUCUUCAUACAGAUAUUUGCGUUCGUUAUUGCAAAUUCCAGUACUAUUGGGAUUUUUAGUCUUUCAGCUGUAUUGGCUGCUCAUGCGUGUAGCCAGCUAAGCUUAGUCGCGCUAUGGAUCACCGAAUAUGUGAACAAUUCUAGAGGCAUGAUAGCAGGAAGUCGUAAAGAAAUAGGAGUGAUCGUGGAACAGCAUUUCAGAACGCUGAACUUUAUAUCGUCGAUCGAGAACGCGAUGAAUAAAAUAUAUUUUUUAGAAUUAUUUAGAUGUACGAUGGAUAUAUGCAUACUUAGUUACUGUAUUCUUAUGGAGUGGAAUAAUCAUGAUUUCCAAAAUUUGACUUUCCACUUUCUGAUGCUCGUUACGAUCUUAUUCAACAUAUUUAUAUUAUGUUAUAUGGGUGAAAUCUUGUCGGAAAAGAGUAAAAAAGUUGGCGAAGCGGUUUAUAUGACAAAUUGGUAUUAUUUACCUGAAAAAAGUAUCCUUGAUUUGAUUUUGAUCAUCUCGCGAUCAAGUGUUGUGGUACAUAUCACUGCUGGAAGAUUAUUUCGUAUGUCCGUUUACCUGUUUGGAGAUGUGGUGAAAACCGGUUUCGCGUACUUGAACCUGGUGCGUCAAAUGUGA